GCGGAGCCGCGGGCGGGUGGCGGGGGGAGGUGCGGUCCCGGGUCCGCCCCGCCGGGGAGACCCGGGGCUCCGGGCUCCACGCGAGCCCCGACCAGGACAUCCGCCCCACUUCCAUCCUGCGCAGGGCUGCCGGCCGCGCCUGUCCACUCGGGCCUCUGCGCUGGCGGUGAACCACCCCCCCGCCCCUCCCCCGCCGAGCCCCAGCCUCAGCCAUUGCUGGGGGACGCCCCCUCCCCCGCCCGCGCGGCUCAGCUCGCGGCCUCCCCGCCUCCCGCCCCCGGGGAUCCCCUGCGGCCCCGCCCACCCGCGGGAAAGCCUCGGACCUUCGCCCUCCCUCCCCCGCGCUGCCCGGCCCGCGCACCUCCCGUCGCCCCUAAAGACGCUAAACGUGCCCUACUCUGCCCUGGGGAGAGCACAUGGAUUAAUUGACGGAUGUUGAGUUUAUGGCACUACCUUUUUGUGACCUGCACUUCCUACAGUUUCUAAGAAGAAAAAGGGGCCCCUGAAUCAAAGAAGAUGCCUCGAACUAAACAGAUUCAUCCUAGAAAUCUAAGAGAUAAAAUUGAAGAAGCACAAAAAGAACUUAAUGGGGCAGAAGUGUCAAAAAAAGAAAUCCUAGAGGCUGGCAUUAAAGCAGCUUCAGAAUCACUUAAAGGUGUGAAACGGAAAAAGAUCGUAGCUGAGAAUCACCUGAAAAAAAUACCAAAAUCCCCACUGAGGAACCCUCUCCAGGCAAAACACAAACAAAAUACAGAUGCAUCCUCAUUGGCUAUUCUUCAGAGUGCCUCCGAGUCUCACAAGAAACAGAACCCCAGUCCCGUCAAAAAUGGGAAGCAGUUUACCAAACACAAUGGAGAAACACUGGGGGUAGUUGCCGAGGACCCCAAAUCCCAAGAGUCUGUGUCCCCAAAGAAGCCCUUAUUUUUGCAGCACCCAUCCGAACUGCGCCGAUGGGGGUCAGAAGGCUCUGACCCCACCAAGGCAGGCUUCCCAGAUGCAAAAUGUGACUCUGGUUCUUCAUCGAGUAAAACCAGGACUGACCAUAGUGAAUGUAUCUCCUCCACUCGUACUCCCACUUCCUCGUACACAAACACCGCAUUUGAUGUCUUACUGAAGGCAAUGGAGCCAGAGCUGAGCACCUUGUCACAAAAGGGCUCGUCUUGCGCGGUGAAGAUAGAAAAACUGAGACCAAAUAAAACUGUACGACCCCCUUCUCAGUUAAACAGCAGCUCACUGGAUGCCCCAAGUCAGACUCCCCAGGAAUCCGUCUCUGAGCCGCAGCCUUCUCCUUGCCCCUCUUACGCAGUGCACGUGUCUGUCCCUCAGAAGAACGAGCCAGCCAUGGUUCAGCCAGCUUCUCAUCCGUAUCGCCAACACGAACACUUCGUUUCUAAACCGAACCAACAAAAUCCGCAGCUCCCAGCAUGUUCGGGUUUCACAAGGUCCCUGGUGAAUCUGCAAACUCAAGAGAAGGCCAAACUUGAGCAGGUUUAUCACAUAGCAGUGACAUCAGCCGUGGGUCUGACUUCACCUUCCAGUAGAACUCAGGUUCCUCCUCCAAACCAGCCAGUGGACUCUGCCUCACCGAUGUCCGUGAGUCCAGCCCAUUCUACGCCGUCAGCCCCCACGCCAAUUUACAAUUCAACUCCCGUCGCCUCUGUCGUUAACCACAGCGUGGAGCAAAUGUGCAAUCUUCUUCUGAAAGAUCAGAAGCCAAAAAAACAAGGAAAAUACAUUUGUGAGUAUUGCAAUAGAGCCUGUGCAAAGCCUAGUGUGCUUUUGAAGCACAUCCGCUCCCACACUGGAGAGCGACCCUAUCCCUGUGUGACCUGUGGAUUUUCAUUUAAGACUAAAAGCAAUCUGUACAAGCACAAAAAAUCCCAUGCACAUACUAUCAAACUGGGUCUUGUCUUGCAACCAGACGCUGGUGGUCUGUUCUUGUCACAAGAGUCCCCCAAAGCACUUAGUAUCCAGUCAGACAUAGAAGACAGCGGGGAGAGCGACGAGGAGGGGGCUGCUGAGGAGAGACAGAGCGACCCGGUCUCCAUGGACCUGCAGCCUGUGCAGAUGAUGAAAAUGAUGUCACAUCCUGAAGCUUUACCAACAUCAGGUUCCAUUCCAAGCAACCCAGCCCACGUGGUAGGUGACUUUCCGCUGCUGGACAAAUCUUCAGAAUCCCAGGCUGUGACAGAGUUACCGAAAGUCGUGGUCCACCCUGUCAGUGUGUCCCCGUUACGAGUCGAUAGCCCAAAGCUUCCGGAAUGCAAGCCUGAACUGUCUAGUGCACAGAAACCGAAGGACCUUCAGGGAACCAAUGUCCUGUCCCACCCAGCCUGGGCAUCCUCCCUUGAGACUGACGAGAAGUUGCGUCAGAAAGGGGAAGGGAGUCAGGCAGAAGGGAAACAAGAGCCUCACGUGGGAACAGCACACGCGCAACUACAAAGGCAGCAGGCCACCGAUUGCUCGCAAGAGCAGCAAGGAAAGCUUCUGAGUCCUCGAAGUUUAGGAAGUACAGAUUCUGGUUACUUUUCGCGUUCUGAAAGUGCCGACCAGACAGCGAGUCCACCGACUCCCUUUGCCAGAACGUUACCCGCCACGGAACAAGACUUAACUAAGAGUAGUGGGCCCUCUGCACCUCGGAUCAGUACACCAGCACCUUCUGCUCUGUCAACAAGCGAAAAAGCAUUGCUUUUACCGGGUCAGAUGCGCCCACCCUUGGCCACAAAAACCCUUGAAGAACGGAUAUCAAAGCUGAUCUCAGACAACGAAGCCUUGGUAGAUGAUAAGCAACUGGACAGCGUAAAGCCACGGAGAACCUCUCUCUCGAGGAGAGGGAGUAUUGAUUCUCCCAAGUCAUACAUAUUUAAAGAUUCCUUUCAGUUCGAUUUGAAACCAAUGGGACGGAGAACGAGCUCAAGCUCAGAUAUACCAAAGUCCCCUUUCACCCCUACCGAGAAAUCAAAGCAAGUCUUUCUUCUGUCUGUACCUUCCCUUGACUGCUUGCCCAUUACAAGAAGUAACUCUAUGCCUACCACAGGCUAUUCCGCAGUACCUGCGAGCGUAAUACCACCCCCUCACCCGCUGAGAGGAAGCCAGUCAUUUGACGACAAAAUCGGCGCUUUCUACGAUGAUGUCUUCGUGUCAGGACCUAACACAUCCGUGCCUCAGAGUGCCCACCCGCGUACCCUUGUCAGACAGUCAGCAGUGGAAGACUCUUCGGCAAGUGAAAACCACCUUCUCGGCACUGGGCAGUCCUUGGAUGAGGGCUCUCCAGGAUGUGGUACCACCAGUGACAUGGGGCCGCAGAGGGCCAAGUCGUUGGCCUCAGGCUCACAUAUGGAAAAAAAGAAGUCCCAUCAAGGGCGAGGGACGAUGUUUGAGUGUGAAACCUGCAGAAACAGGUAUAGAAAGCUGGAGAACUUUGAAAACCAUAAGAAGUUUUACUGUUCAGAGUUACACGGACCAAAAACAAAGGUGGCCGUCAGGGAACCUGAACACAGCCCCGCGCCCGCCGGUACGCAGCCUCAGAUCCUACACUACCGAGUUGCAGGCCCAGCAGGAGUGUGGGAGCAGACACCUCAGAUCAGGAAACGGAGGAAAAUGAAAAGUGUUGGAGAUGACGAUGAACUUCAGCAAAACGAAAGGGGGGCUUCCCCAAAAAGCUCUGAAGGCCUGCAGUUCCAGAAUUCCCUGGGCCCUGCCUCCACUUUGUCGAAGCAUAACAUGGCAAUAACGAGUGACCAGCAGCAUAGAAAGGUACAGCUGCAAAACUCCCAAAUCCAGCUUGUGGCCAGAGGCCCCAACCAGACCAUCGAUCCCAAGCUGUCUACCAUCAUGGAGCAACAUGUAAGUUCAGCUGCCCAGGACAACACAGAGCCGAAGAGGCACGGAACCGGAAUCUCGGUCAUUCAGCAUACAAACUCACUGAGCAGACCCAGCUCAUUCGACAAGCUGGAGUCUUUUGAAAGAGGUUCCCCGGUCUCCUUCCAAGAGCUGAAUAGGACUGCAAAGCCCGCGUCUCUGAAAGUAAUAGGGAUCUCCCCAGAGGAAGGCCGCCCGCCUCAGAAUAUGUCCCAUCUUCACCAGCCUGCGGCGUCAUCAGACGCUCUGAGAGGAGAACUUCAGGACGGUCCCAGGAAGAGCUCAAGUGAACGGCACAUGUUGGGACAGCCCUCCCGGCUCGUUCGGCAGCACAACAUCCAAGUCCCAGAAAUUCUGGUCACAGAAGAGCCAGAUCGGGACCUCGAAGUCCAAGGCUACGACCAGGAAAAGUCAGAGAAGUUCAGUUGGCCUCAGCGCAGCGAAACCUUGUCAAAGUUGCCAACCGAGAAACUGCCACCCAAAAAGAAGAGGCUCCGCCUUGCCGAGAUGGAGCAUUCCUCCACAGAAUCGAGUUUUGACUCCACUCUGUCCAGGAGCCUGAGCAGGGAGAGUAGUUUAUCUCACACUUCGAGUUUCUCAGCUUCGUUAGAUGUUGAGGAUGUUUCUAAAACGGAGGCUUCCCCCAAAAUGGAUUUUCUAAACCGAGCGGAGUUUCUCGUGAUUCCAGCUGGCUCGAACACACUCAGCGUUCCUGGAACUCACCGAGAAAUGAGGCGCGCUGCUUCAGAACACAUUAGCUGUGUGCAAACGUCGAUGGAGGUCUCCGAUUUCAGAAGCAAAUCAUUUGACUGUGGAAGCAUAACUCCACCCCAGACAGCACCACCUGUUGAAUUGCAGCCCCUGACAUCCCCUUCUGGCGUGGGGGUCACUGGGCACGUGCCUCUCAUAGAAAGAAGGAGGGGCCCGCUGAUGCGGCAGAUAUCUUUAAACUUAGCCCCAGAUAGUCGUGUGUCUCCUGGGAACCCACCAUCUUUCCAAACGGUUGCUCUUGCGAGUGUGAACACAGCACCAUUUCAGGGCCCUCAGCUCACGAAUGCACCGUUAUCUGAGUUUCCUGCAAACCCUUUGCACUCCCACACUCAAGUUAAGGAUCAGCGAACAGAAACCUCCAGUGCCACCCCUACUAACAUCUUCCCUGUUCAACAGCUUUUCAGUAUCAACGUGUUAAAUCCGAUCCACACCCCCCUUAGCCAACAAAACACACAGCCAUCUCUGCACGUGUCUACACAGAGUGCUCAGCCAGAUGCAAAUCCCAGUUUAUGUGUGUCUUCUAAAAGUAAAGGUUGCUUUGCUCCUAAGUACCAACUUCAGUGUCAGGUUUUCACUUCAAGUCAGUCUUGUGCUUCCAGUCCUGUUCUUUCUUUGCCAAAGCAAGUUCUCUCGGAUCCGGUUGGGGCCGACCACCGUGGGACUUCGUUAGCAUUACCAACCAAACUACUGGAUGCCAUGUCGAGUUCGUGUGCUCCCCCACCCCUGAAGCUCGGCGGGCCGGCGCAGAAGGUGCCCACGUCAUUUGCGUUGCCCGUGCAUCUGCAGAGUAACGUUCCAGCGUACUGUUUUGCCCCAGUCACGCCUCUGCCACAAAUCCUGGUAACCCAAGACCUAUCCAACCAGCCAAUCUGCCAGGCUAAUUGUAGCAUGGUGCCAGUCAGCGAAGAACAAAACUCCGUGCCAAAAUUGCAAAAGGAUCACCAGAAUGCUCUGUCAAACCCAGAAGCAGAACCUGUUUGUGAGAAUGUUUUCUCGGAGGUGGGCCACAGUUUUCCUCCGUCGGACUCUUUGCCCAUGACCCAGAAAAUGUCUGUCGGUAGGCUCUCCCCCCAGCAGGAAUCUUCAGUGUCAAGUAAAAGGAUGCUUUCCCCAGCAAAUAGUUUAGACAUUGCCAUGGAAAAGCACCAGAAGCGUGCUAAAGAUGAGAACGGGGCUGUUUGUAUGACAGAGAUCAGACCAUUUGAACCAGCAAGUUCAAGACCUAGUGAAGUUAGUAAACAGAAGAAACCUGUCUUAGUGAGGCAGGUUUGUACUACAGAGCCUCUCGACGGUGCACUAUCAGAACAGGAUAUUUUUUCUCAACCUGAAAUUAGUAGCAAGGCUGUUAGUUUGACAGAUGUUCUACCUGCUGAUCAUUUGUCAUCCGAACACUCUAAGCCUGUAGUUAAAGAACCUGUCGUUGAACUACAGGAAUUUGAAAACACCAAGUCCUCCUCAUCACUAACCCUUACAGUGAGAAAUUCACCUGUCCCUGCAGAAGAUACUUACAUUUCUCCUUUGGAAUGUGUAGACAGUAACCAAGAAAGGAAGUCCCCAGAGGUUAAAACUUGCCGCGACAAAGAGAGCAUCCAAGACCAAAGUCAAGUGACAUUUUUAGAGUCUGAUGCAGGAGGCACACAGCAGCUGCCUUUCCCCAGCCUGAAGACCUCAACCAACUUUACGUGGUGUUACCUAUUAAGGCAGAAGGCAUUGCAUUUGCCUCAGAAUGACCAGAAAACUUCAGCCUAUACUGAUUGGACAGUUAGUGCCAGUAAUCCAAACCCACUUGGUUUGCCUACAAAAGUUGCUCUUUCACUCCUUAAUUCGAAACAGAAGACUGGAAAAUCACUAUAUUGUCAAGCAAUAACUACGCAUUCCAAAUCAGAUUUAUUGGUCUAUUCAAGCAAGUGGAAAAGCAACUCAAGCAAGAGAGCAUUAGGUAAUCAAAAGUCCACAGUAGUUGAAUUCAGCAAUAAAGAUGCCUCUGAAAUUAACAGUGAGCAAGAUAAAGAAAAUUCCUUAAUCAAAAGUGAACCAAGAAGAAUUAAAAUAUUUGAUGGAGGAUAUAAAUCAAAUGAAGAGUAUGUAUAUGUCCGAGGCAGGGGAAGAGGAAAGUACAUUUGUGAAGAAUGUGGAAUACGUUGUAAGAAACCUAGUAUGUUAAAGAAACACAUUCGGACCCAUACAGAUGUCCGCCCUUACCACUGCACUUACUGUAACUUCUCCUUUAAGACGAAAGGAAAUCUGACAAAACACAUGAAGUCCAAGACACAUAGCAAGAAAUGUGUGGAUUUAGGCGUCUCAGUAGGUUUAAUAGAUGAACAAGAUACAGAAGAAUCAGAUGAAAAGCAAAGAUUCGGUUUCGAGCGGUCUGGCUAUGACCUUGAAGAAUCGGAUGGCCCGGAUGAGGACGACAACGACAACGAAGAUGAUGAUGAAGAUAGUCAGGCUGAAUCUGUCUUGUCAGCAGCUCCGUCCGUUACGGCCAGCCCACAGCAUCUUCCAUCCAGAGGCGGCCUCCAGGACCCUGGGGGUGCGGAGGAGGACAUCCGGAUCACCGACUGCUUUUCUGGGGUGCACGCGGACCCGAUGGACGUUCUGCCCAGAGCCUUGCCCACCAAGAUGACCGUACUUAGCGCGGUGCAGUCAGACCACAGCAGGCAAACAGAGUCUCCGGUGAAGACCAGGCAGCACGCUGCCAAAGACGGAGAAGACAUGGCUCCUCCCACAGACUCUUCCAGGUCACCUGAAGCUGUGCCCAGGUCCCCGUGUCACCAGAUGUCUGUAGACUACCCUGAAGCGGAAGAGACUCUGGGAAGUUCUGUGGCAGGAAAGAACACUACUUUAACCCAGAGCGCGGCAUCUGCGAGAGCGCCCCCUCCUACAGCCGAGCGCGGCCGUCACCCGGCAGCGGAGGCGCCGUCGGGGGCCUCGCCUCAGCGCGACGCCCAGGAGCAGAAGCAGCCCACGACCCUACAGCCGCCUCCGGGCCUGCCCUCCCCCCAGACUCACCUGUUCAGCCACCUCCCUCUGCAUUCCCAGCAGCAGUCCAGGACACCGUACAACAUGGUUCCGGUCGGGGGGAUCCACGUGGUCCCCGCCGGCCUCACCUACUCCACGUUUGUGCCCCUCCAGGCGGGGCCCAUGCAGCUCACGAUCCCUGCGGUCAAUGUGAUUCACAGAACCGUGGGCCUCGCCGGGGACCCCGUCGCAGAGGUGUCCGGCACCCCCAGCCCCGCGGGAGUGGCCGAGUUGAGCAGCGUGGUGCCCUGUAUUCCCAUCGGCCAGAUCCGCGUGCCCGGCCUGCAGAGCCUCGGCACCCCGGGCUUGCGGCCGCUGCCGUCGCUGGGCGUGGAGACCGUCAACAUCCUGGGCCUCGCCAACACCCACGUGGCCCCGCAGGUGCGCCCGCCGGGGCUGGCGCUGGGCGCCGUGGGCCUGCAGGUGCUCGCGGCCGGCCCCUCCCCGCAGAGCAGCCCCGCCCCGCAGGCGCACGUCCCAGGCCUCCAGAUCCUGAACAUCGCCUUGCCUACUUUAAUCCCCCCCGUCGGCCAGGUGCCCGCCGACGCGGCCCCGGGGGCCCCCGAGAGGCCGCCUGCCCAGCACAGGGCGCGGGACGCGGCCCCCAGGCCGACCUCGGGGGCCAGCGCGGAUCCGGGCGGCGGGUCCGCGUCUCCUCAGGGGUCCCCGCCGGGCCGGCGGGAAGACGCAAACCACGGCCCCGAGCCGCCUGCCCCCGCGAGGGACCACGGCCGGCCCGACGGCCCUAGGAAAGCGGACGCGGGCAAGGGCGGCCGCGUGAAUCACGCGAAGCCCAGGCAGGAGCCCGCACCCCUGCAGGGCAGCCCUGCCGCCCCGGCCGAGCCUCUGCCGAAGGUGCGGCCCGAAGCGGCCCGGGAGCCGCGCGGCCCGCGGACUCGCUCUCCCGACCCGCAGGCGCCCAGGCCCGCGGCGCCGCCCCGACGGCAGGCCGCGGCGCAGUUCAGUGACGUCAGCAGCGACGACGACGAGGACAGGCUCGUGAUAGCCACCUAGGGGGCCUGGGCCUGGGGGGUUGGUCAGGUUUGGGUUUCGGUGCGGUUUUUUGGUUUCUGUUCUUUGUUGUUCUGUUCUGUUUUGGGGUUUUUUUUUUAUAUAACACUUAAAGGUUUCUUUGAAAAGCCUCCUUUUCCUUAAAGCACAUUUUUCUGACAUAAACUCAUGACUAAUCUUUGUGCAAUCAUGAACUUUUGACCAAUAAUUGUUGUUUUUGUGUCCGCUCCAGCCAUUUUUGUACAUGUUGUAUAGACACUUGUGCCUUUUAGGAGUUUAUGUUUAGAAUCUGUACAGAUUGUUGAAUAUCUAUAUACAUAAAAUAUAUAUUAUAUAUGUAUAUGAAAACCAGGUAGUUAUUUGUGUUUAGGAAAAAAAAACUGUCAAAUAAAUCAAAUGAUUAAAUUAUAUGUUGCACUGUUAAAUAUAAAUUUUUAUGGCUGUGGGGCAGAGUUUCUGUGUAUAAAUUAGUAUGUAAACCCCAUAUUUAUUGUAUUCAUAUUAGUCUUUGAAAAUGGGUCUGUCCUUCCUGUGUAAGACAGUAACUUUACACUUCAGACAGAUUUUGUGUCAUGAAAUGUUUCAGUAAAAUAUUGUUUACUGACUUUA